AUGUAUCGAAUGAAAGGUGCUAUUUAUAAAUUGAAAAGGUCAUUCACUGGAUCAGAUGAUUCUGAUGGUAUUGAUAAUAAUAAGAGUAAAAAUAAAAGUAAAAGCAAAAGCAAAAGCGGAAAUGGGAGCACUAAUUGGAGUUCAAGUAAUGAAGAUGUAAAUAAAAGUGAAGAUAAUUUACCCAUGAUAACAUUACAUGGUUAUUCUACUAAGACUAAGAAUCGAUUAAUAAAUGUGGAGAUGUGUGAUGAAAUACGAUCAUUAAUGCCCAUGAGAAUUCAAUUAUAUACUGAUUGGACGUUACUAUACAGUCUUGAACAACAUGGUGCAUCGUUACAUUCUUUAUAUAAGAAUAUUCAACCUGAUAUUAAUGAAAGUAAUCGACGAGUGGGGUAUGUUAUAAUUAUACAAGAUCGAAAGAAUGGUAUAUUUGGAGCUUAUAGUAAUGAACCAUUCCGUCCAAAUGAACAUCGGAGAUAUUCUGGGAAUGGCGAAUGCUUUUUAUGGAAAUUAGAAAAAGUCCCUGUACGAAAAAUAUGUAAUAAUAAAGAUAAAAGUGUAGCGACAGAACAAAAGAAGGAAAGAAGAUUUCAUGGAAGAAGAAGAAAAGAAGAUGAACAAGAAGAAGAGAAGAAGGGUGACAACCACAGCGAACUAUGUAACAAUAGCAAUGAGCAGGAUGAAGAAAGAUGGCAAUUUAGAGGGUAUCCCUUUACUGGCUUGAACGAAUUUGCCGUAUAUUGUACAUCAAAAUUCAUAUCCAUGGGUGCAGGAGAAGGUCAUUAUGGGCUAUGGAUAGAUGAUGGAUUGUUAAACGGUGUUUCCAAUCCAACAUUGACAUAUGGGAAUGAAAUAUUAAGUCGUGAAGGUAAUAAAUUUUCGAUAUUGGGAUUAGAAGUAUGGAGAGUCGGUUAA